AUGUCUGAUGUGGCAUGUGAUAUAGAAAAGAAUGGUUGUGUGAAGCUGUAUAUUAUUGAACAGAGAAUUACCCACAACUAUGGCAAAUAACGGAGUAAUAGGAAGUUAUGCGAAUGAAAUGCCUGCCACAACGGCUGAACCUGAAUAUGCCAACGACCCAGCAGCUGGUGGAUUUUUUGCUUCCGAUUUUAGAAGGCACGAGGACCUCAAAAAUAUGCUGGACAGUAAUAAAGAUGGAUUGAAACUGGAGGCUAUGAAAAGAAUUAUUGGAAUGGUUGCAAAAGGAAAAGAUGCAUCAGAACUAUUCCCAGCUGUUGUCAAAAAUGUUGUCUCCAAGAAUAUUGAGGUGAAAAAGCUGGUUUAUGUGUACCUAGUAAGAUAUGCAGAAGAACAACAAGACCUAGCCCUACUUUCUAUUAGUACUUUUCAAAGAGCAUUAAAGGAUCCUAACCAGCUGAUCCGAGCAAGUGCCCUUCGGGUAUUGUCAAGUAUCAGAGUUCUUAUGAUUGUACCGAUUAUGAUGCUGUCUAUUAAAGAUGCUGUAAGUGAUAUGUCUCCAUAUGUUCGCAAAACUGCUGCACAUGCUAUACCAAAACUGUACAGUUUGGAUCCAGAACAAAAAGAACAUCUUAUUGAGGUUAUCGAAAAGCUUUUAUCUGACAAAACAACUUUAGUGGUGGGUAGUGCAGUAAUGGCUUUUGAGGAAGUUUGUCCUGAACGUAUUGACCUUGUUCAUAAGAACUACCGGAAGUUGUGUAAUGUUGUGGUGGAUGUGGAAGAAUGGGGUCAACUGGUCAUCAUACAGAUGUUGACCCGUUAUGCAAGAACCCAGUUUAUAGAUCCAAAUAAACAUAAUUCACUUGAAGAUGGUGAAGAGAAAUCUUUUUAUGAAUCUGAUGAGUCAGAAGAAAAGGACCAGGAAAACAGACAGAAACUUUAUGUGAUGGAUCCAGACCAUAGAAUGUUAUUAAGGAAUAGUAAACCUUUACUUCAAAGCCGAAAUGCUGCAGUAGUUAUGGCUGUUGCUCAGUUAUACUACUAUCUAGCUCCCAGAAAUGAGAUAAACGUUAUAACUAAGGCCUUGAUACGACUUCUUCAUAGCCACAGAGAGAUUCAGUCAGUGGUGUUGACCAACAUAGCAACUUUGACAGUGAAGCAUAAGGGAAUGUUUGAGCCUUAUAUGAAGAGUUUUUUUGUUAGGUACAGUGACCCAACUCAUAUCAAGCUUCUCAAGUUGGACAUUCUCACUAACUUAGCGAGUGAGACAAAUAUUUCCAUUAUAUUACGGGAGUUUCAGACAUAUGUUAGUACUUCUGACAUGGAGUUUGUGGCAGCAACUAUACAAGCCAUUGGUUGCUGUGCUUGUUCAAUAAAAGAAGUCACAGAUACCUGUUUAAAUGGCCUUGUUUCUCUAUUGUCCAACAAAAAUGAAACUGUUGUUGGAGAGAGUGUUGUUGUUAUCAAGAAACUUCUACAGAUGCAGCCAAGUGAGCAUAAAGACAUCAUCAUACACAUGACAAGACUUGUUGACAGCAUCACUGUUCCUAUGGCUAAAGCUUCAAUUCUUUGGCUUUUAGGAGAGUAUUCUGACAGAGUUCCAAAAAUAGCACCAGAUGUCCUUCGGAAAGUGGCAAAAACUUUCAUUAAUGAAGAGGACAUUGUGAAACUUCAGACUUUGAACCUAGCUGCCAAACUGUAUCUUACCAAUUCUAAACAGACCAAGCUUCUGACACAAUAUGUUUUCAACCUAGCUAAGUAUGAUCAGAACUAUGACAUUAGAGAUCGAGCACGUUUCCUGCGGCAACUUAUCAUGCCCCAAGGGGAAAAGGGAACUGUUCUUGCAAAAUAUGCCAAGAAGAUUCUCCUUGCCUCAAAACCAGCACCCAUAUUGGAGUCCCGAUUCAAAGAUCAUGACCAGUUUCAGUUAGGAUCCUUGUCUCACUACAUAAAUGCAAGAGCUAAUGGUUAUCACGAAUUGCCACAUUUUCCUGAAAAUGCUCCUGACCCCUCAGUUCGUAAUGUAGAGGUGGUGAUGCCAUGGCAGGAGGUACACACCACAAAGAAAAAGAAACAUUGUGAAAAAAAAUCUUUCUAUUCAGAAACUGAGACAAGCUCUCCUGAAGAGACAUCUGAACCUGAAGAAUCAGAAUCAGAAAGUAAAAGUAGCGAAGAGGAAGAAAGUAAUAGCAAUAGUAAGUCUGGAGCUAAUAGCAGUGACAGUGGAGCAAGCAGCAUAUCUGAGAGUGAGUCUGAUUCAGAAGUGAAAGAGAAAGUUAAAGCAAACAAUAAAAGUUCUAAUAGUGAAUCUAGCAGUGAAGAAGAUUCAAGUUCUGGUGAUGUUGAUGAGACUGAUUCUAGUGGAACAGAAGAAGAAAAGAAGCCAAAGAAACCACCUCCUAAAAAGAAAAACAAAGAAAAUAAAAUUUCUGAAGAAGUAAAAAACAACCUUGACUUACUUUUGGACUUAGAAGAUUUUUCCUUAACCUCAAGCUCGGGUCCAGUAAUCCAGCCAACAUCAGCUACUAAUAUCCUUACACCAUCUACAGAGAAAACAUCAUCCUUUGUUCAGAGUCCUCUCUUUUCUCCUGUGAACAAUCCAGUGUUUAUUCCAACAAAACAACAUGAACUGCUUAAUCGGUACAGUGGGAAUGGCCUAAUUGUUUCUUAUCGGUUCACACGAACAUCAAAUAUCUACUCACCAAAGAUGACAUCUGUAGAGCUGAAUUUUGUCAACAAUGGGAGUGAUGAGAUUAAGAAGCUUUACAUUCCAGAUAAGAAAUCAGGAGAUAUGGAAAUUAAAGGAAUGCCAGAGAUAGCAUUUCUUCCUGUGGGUCAUUCAGUAUCAACAAACAUUGGUAUUGAUUACAAUGAAAGUACCCAACCAGCUAACUUAGAGAUUACUACUGAGAAGCAGAAGUUUAAUGUAACAAUCAAAGCUCCCAUUGGUGAAAUCCUACAACCUGUUAUAAUAAAUGAAGAUAAUUUUUUGACACAACAAGGCAAAUUAAAAGGAAUGAAUGAAAACAGUUGUACAGUAGAGUUACCUAAUGAGAAGACUGAUGGGAAACACAUUGUGUCAAAAUUAUAUGAAGUUGCAAACAUCAUGCAGGUGUUAACGACAGAUGAAACCUCUGGAAUUUAUAGGUUUUCUUCCAAAACAUUGUCCAGUGAGUCCUUGGUGUUGGUAUCAGUUCAAGUUCUGAACAAUGGAAAAGCCUAUAUUACUGUAAAUUGUGAAAAAAUUAUGAUUGGUUCAAUGCUACUAAAAGAAUUACGAGAAGCCCUAGGGAAGUAAUACAAACUGAGAAGUUAAGAAAGUGAACAGAAAUUGGUCAUGCAAAUAGAGGUUUAAGAUGCAUGUUAUGUUAUUUGGCAAGUGAAUUAUGAAAUACAUCUGAUACGAAAUUUUCAGAAUUUAUUCAAAAGUAAGAAUUUUUUGAUUGUUUAUCAAUUAAAUAAAGAUUAUGUGUUGUAUUUGGCUUUCAGUAAAAAUGUUCAAUAGCUGGGAAGUACAAGAUUAUUACAUACGAGCAGAAAGAUAUUGAACAUUGUUUAGAAAAUGCAGAGUUGACCAAAAACAAAUUGUGGGUGUUUGGCUAACUUGAAAUACAAGUAAAAAAUGCUAUAAAUUUAGUAUGCUGAUCUUAAUAAUGAACAGAAAAAGUUACUUUUGAAUGUACAUUACUUUUAAUCAGUGUAAGUUAAUAUAUCUGGCAAUUGAUAUUGUAAAUUAAUCAUUUGAGAACUAUGGUUUAAUACAUGUUUGAUAAUACUUUGAACUUAUUCAGUAACAGAGACAUAAAGUAACAGUUAUUGUUCAUAAACUUGUGUAUCUAACAUUCCAAGAACAAGAUUAAUUUGCUUUGCUUACACUUUUUUUAACAGCAAGAGCAACAUGACAUAGGUAGUAUUACACAUCAUCUUUCUAGAAACUGAUAAUUAUACAAACUUGCAUAUAAUUCAUAGGAAAAAAUGAAACUGUGUGACUUCAUUGAAAUACUACCCAAGACUAAAUGUAAUGACUAUUAU